GAUAGGCACUCUUCAGUGCCACGUAGACGGUUUCUACUCUGAGCGCUUGGCAUGCGCAGGCAAGAGGCUGCUGUCGUUGAUCUCGUCCCCGCGGCGGCAUGAGGAAAUGGGUGCACUCGUGGGUGUGUAGACACGUCGACCUUCGAGACGAAGCCGGCCGCCGUGAGGAAGUGUAGCGCAUCGGUAUGAAGGCAGCGUUGCCGAAGCUCGAAGGUUCUACAAUGACCCGCGCGGUUAGGCCGUGUGCAAGCAGCCUUGGCCCGGCCCCCCCGGCUUGGGACGCCAAGUGUGUCAAUCUCGCACAUGACGCGGCCGUGAGAAGCGACGGGGAUGCCCUCCAUGCAGACACUGAGUUGCGAGUGACGCUGCGCAAAUCUUUGCGAAUAUCUGCUAGGGCCACCCAGCAUGUUUACCACCAAGCCGAGAACAAAAAUAGGCUCGCGCCGAGCCAGGGGCACCCCGGUCUUGAUGCCAGGGACCUGAAGCCUGACGGAGUUGACAUGAUGGCUAUGGCGGCGCGGCAGCUUGGCAUCAUGCUCUCAGCACGCACACCACGGUCUUGGGAUAUCCCAUAGGCGUCAAGAACGCGCGUAGUAAUUAUUAAGCGCGAAGUGCAUUGCCGUCUCGCAGGACAAAGGUCGGACCCCGGAUGGACGUGGGAACGCCGACGCGCAUUACACUGCGCAGGCCCCUCCACCAGACGCAUAGUCGUUCUGGGGCCGGAUCAUCAGCCGAGUGGAAAACGGAAGAAGUUAGUCGAGGUGCUGUAGCAAGCAACCAGGCCACGGAUGCCCUCAGACAUGAUGCAUACACGUAGGCAGUGCCCCGCCGGCUGGCGCAGACUCGACGCUAGGUCGCGAGGCGUCUGGCUCAACCUCACCUGACC